AUAACUGAACUCUUGUCUCUCUCUUCCAUUCUUGCACCAAUUCUUCACACCAUUCACACAACAUAAAAGCAACACUGCACAUCGCACAUUCCGCCAUCAGUUUUUCAUCCUAUUAACAUUAAUAGCAGAGAGAGAGAGAGGUACAUCACCAAUUCCAGAGGAAUGAAGCUGUUCACACAGUCGUGGACCCCACUCCAUCAUCCACCAGAAUGGAGUUUGCCACAAAUGAAUUUUGUUCUUAGUCCGAUGGGUCUUCCCUUACGUCCGGGUGCCCAGCUUUGCACACACUAUGCUCAAAAUGGAGUUUGCAAAUUUGGGUCCUCAUGCAAAUUUGAUCAUCCCUUGGGAACACUGAGUUACAGUUCAUCUGCAUCUUCUCUUGCUGAUAUGCCAGUUGCUCCUUACCCUGUUGGAUCUUCCAUGGGUACUCUGGCUCCAUCAUCCUCUUCAGAGUUGAGGCAUGAACUUAUUUUGGGGUCCAACAAGGAUGCCAUUUCAACCAGGAUGUCUUCUUCGACAAGCACAUCUAGUGGUUCGGUUGGUUUGAUUUUAUCGAAGAGUGGGCCCGCUUCUCAUCCUAGUGUUCAGCAAUCUGAUCAGGCUUCUGCUUCUUCAAUCACCAGCAGUAGUGUGAGUCAGGGAGGUGAGGUUCACACAUCAAACUAACCCUUCCGGCGCCAUUGACAGAUCCCACCAAGGUGGACGACGGAGUGGAGCGGAUGGCAAUGAAAUCUCAAGGCAUAUAC